GUGUAAAUCUAAUUUUAUGGAAAAAUAGGAAAAUGCUGUACCGGAUGCGUCUGCGAGCAUCUUCCUUGGUGUUUGGUGGUGCAGUGAGCCUUGCAACACUUGUGCUGCUCUACCAGGUCUUAAGCUUACCACCAGAAACCCAUCCUCCAGGAGAUGCAAAGGAAAUGCGCUCUCUCGAAUCUCGCCUGCAUAGACUGGAAAAUGAUAUACAAUCAAAUCAUCACACCAUCCAAGAGAUUAAAGAUUUGGUUCGACAAUUGGGCAGUGCCAACAUCAAGGCAAAUGGUCUUCUAGGACCAAGUGAUUCUAUUAGUUUACCAAACAAAUUUGCAAGGAAUAGUCUUAAUGCAAUGAAUGUGAAUGAUAUAAAUGGGCAGGAAGUUCCCCAAAAGAGUGCCUCUGUUGUUAUACAUCACAAUAAGACCUUUGCCAACAUUGCCCAAGAUGACUGUAUAUUUGGACAAGCAGCUGCAUCACCUGUUGAUAUUCAGAUGGAAGAUGUCUACAACAUUCUGAAAUUCGACAACCCUGAUGGUGGCGCUUGGAAACAAGGGUGGAACAUCCAGUAUGACGAAUCACAAUGGACACCUGAUAAGAAACUAAAAGUCUUUGUUAUUCCACACUCUCAUAAUGAUCCAGGUUGGAUCAAAACUGUAGAGCAGUACUUCAGUGAUCAAACAAGACAUAUACUUGAUCAUAUGGUGCAGAGGUUACCACAGGAUCAGCGACGCAAAUUUAUUUGGGCUGAAAUGUCCUACCUCUCCAUGUGGUGGGAUCAGCAGCCUGAGAGCGUCAAGGAUGUUGUAAGAAGCCUAGCCGAUCGUGGUCAGCUGGAAAUAGUUACUGGUGGAUGGGUGAUGAAUGAUGAGGCAAAUACCCAUUAUUUUGCUAUGUUGGAACAGAUGGUUGAAGGGCAUGAGUGGGUUAGACUUAACCUUGGAAUCAAGCCAAACAAUGGCUGGGCCAUAGAUCCAUUUGGGAUGACUCCCACCAUGGCCUACUUGCUGAAACGCAUGGGCCUGGAGAAUAUGCUUAUCCAACGUGUGCAUUACUCCGUGAAGAAACACUUGGCAAGAGAAAAGAGCCUAGAGUUUAAAUGGCGACAGAUCUGGGACACAGGUUCAUCAUCAGAUAUGUUUUGCCACAUGAUGCCCUUCUACAGCUACGACAUACCCCAUACUUGUGGCCCUGACCCAAAGAUUUGCUGUCAGUUUGAUUUUCUGCGAAUGUCGGGAUCUGGCGUUACUUGCCCAUGGAGAGUUCCUCCACAGCCUAUUACCAGUUACAAUGUGAAAUCAAGGGCCGAGCUUCUCCUAGACCAGUACCGGAAGAAAGCACAGCUCUUCCGCAGCAAUGUCCUCUUGGUCCCUCUUGGUGAUGAUUUCCGAUAUGUACGUGCCGAGGAGUGGGAUAACCAGUACACCAAUUACCAGAAGCUGUUUGAUUACAUGAAUUCCAGAGAGGAUUUACAUGUUCAAGCUCAAUUCGGCACUCUUGCGGACUAUUUCCGUGCCCUGCAUGAGGAGACUGAUUCACCAGCAGGAGAGGAACAGGGGGUCUUCCCAACCUUAUCAGGAGACUUCUUUACGUAUGCUGACAGGGAUGAUCAUUAUUGGAGUGGUUAUUAUACUACACGACCAUUCCAUAAAGGUUUGGAUCGCAUACUGGAAGGAUACUUAAGAGGUGCUGAGAUCUUGUACUCCUCAAUGCUCGGAAGUCAGAGUGCAAUAAACACACCAAUGCCUGAGUUAGCAAACCUCCUGAUGUCUCGUUUGGUGGUGGCUCGCAGAAAUUUGGCUCUUUUCCAGCAUCAUGAUGGCAUUACUGGAACUGCUAAAGAUCAUGUUGUUGUGGAUUAUGCAAAGAAAAUGUUGGAGAGUAUCCACAAUUGCCAGCAUGUGAUUCAGCAGGCAGCUCAUUAUCUUCUUUCAUUUGAACAGCGGAGUUAUAAUGCCAAUGCAGGAUCAGUUUACUAUGAAUUAGGGGAAAAGUUCCUGGAGCACAACAAGUUAGCAUCGCACAUGAUUGUGGCACUAAGAGAUGGUUCAUCGGUGCCAAUAGUCAUCUACAACCCACUGGCACAGCGCCGUCAGGAGCUCUUCACAAUUAGAACAUCAAGUCCAUAUGUGGAAAUAAUUGAUAGCAAGGAGAAAAUGGUGCCAUGUCAGGUGGAUCCUGUCUUUCUUAAAUCAGAAGUAUCGCAGACAAUGUUUGACAUCACUUUCUUGGUUGAUGUACCAGCUCUGUCACUUAUGACAUACACCAUUAAAGCCAGAGAACCAGGAACUGUUAACCCCAAGAUGGUCAUGUUCUCUGAUGUGAUUGUGCGACACACGGUAGCACCUACAGUACCAAGUGUCUUCAAUGUAAUUGAGGAAAAGGACACCAACCCAUUUUCAGUGCAGACAGAUCAAGUCGAAGCUACAUUUAGCAGUAAUGGCUUACUCCAGGCUGUGACAAGACAAGGGCAGACAAUUCCAGUCUCUUUGGAAUUUGUUAAAUAUGGAGUCAAGAAUAAUCGGGAGACUAGUGGUGCAUACUUGUUCCUGCCAGACAAGGAGGCAGUGCCAGUUGACAUAGGCAGGGCUGGCGUUAUGCUCGUCAAGGGACCUCUUAUGUCAACUGUGUCCAUGCAGUUGAAAAAUGUCCAUCAUGUUGUCAAGAUCAAGAAUUCCCCAGGUGUUGAUGGCAUUGGACUUGACAUCAGUAAUCAUGUUGACAUCACUGCAGAGCACAAUUUCGAGUUUGCCAUGAGGCUAAACACAGGAAUAAAGAAUGACAAUAUAUUUUACACAGAUUUGAAUGGAUUCCAGAUUAUCAAGCGAGUGAGGUACGCAAAGCUACCCCUUCAAGCAAACUACUACCCAAUUCCAUCUCAAGCUUUCAUCCAAGACAAAGACUUCCGCCUCUCUCUCAUCUCUGCUCAGCCUCUUGGUGGUGCCUCCUUGCAAAGUGGACAGCUGGAGAUCAUGAUGGACCGCCGCCUAAACCAGGAUGACAACCGAGGUCUUGGCCAGGGUAUCCUAGACAAUCUCCACACUUCCAAUAACUUCCGUGUUUUGGUCGAGCCAAGGAUCUCCACCAAGGAAUCUGGUCCAGCUCAUGAUGGUCCUGCAGCUUUCCCAUCGCUUGUGGCUCAUGCAGCAACCAACACCCUUCUUUAUCCAGUCUACUCUUUGAUACCAGUGUCCAAGGUGGGUCCCAUGCAUUCAUCUUGGACUGUUGGUGGGGAACUGCCUUGUGAUGUCCAUAUGGUCAACUUGCGCACCAUGUUAGACCCUCCAAGUACUACAGGUGCUCAGAGAUUGCAACAUCCUGCAGGCAAGACCACAUCCCUCACACUGCAUCGUCUGGGUUUUGACUGCGGUUUGAAAUCCCAGGGACUUUCAUGCUCUACAAACGGAGGAAAGGUUCGCUUGUCAGAAGUGUUCCCCAACAUGUUCAGUGAGCAGGUGCACCAGAUGUCGUUAUCUAUGUUAUAUGAAGGUGUUGACAUGACAAAGUCAUACACUUUGUCCUUACAGCCCAUGGAGCUUUAUACAUUCAGACUUCUUCUUAGCUAGCUAAUAUGAAACUUUCUUUUGCUGUACUGUUCUCUGUGUUGGGCAGCAUUGUUAUUUUAUAGAUAAGUUGUUUAUAGUUUUCUUAUUACUUUACAUUGAACCUUUUGAAUGCUGUUUAAGUAUUAGUGUUUGUUAUGUUUUUUUUUUGAGUGAUUUUUUAAGUCAUUAGAAUCACAGAAAAAAGUGAAAUUUAAAAGUAGAGUAUGUAAAACUGACACCUACAAGGGUGUGAAAAUACUUUUUUUUAUUGUAGUUGCUGUAGGAGCUAUGCCACACUUGUAUGGUUGUAUUAAUAGUUUUUUUUUUUAUGGCAGUAAUGCUUCUUGGGACCAUCAAUGUAGAAUUGAAUUUAGUUAGUUUGUUUGUUUUUUGUUGUUCUAAUUUAGGGAAAAAAAUAGGGAGGAAACUUGUGUAUUCUUUUUUGGCAUAAAAGAGAUAUUUUUUGUGCAGGGGUGCAUGGCCAUGGUGUUUACAAGGUCUGAUAUAUGAUGCAUGUUCACUAGGAGUAUGACAAUAACAAAAAGCAAGUGAUUUACAAUAUUUGCAAGCAGCAGCAUUUGGAAAGUGAAGUACUGUAUUUCAGAUUUGCUUGUUUCUUUCUAUGAUGAAUGUGAAUGGAAACAGUACAAACUGCUUUGGAGUGUUAUAUGUCAUGAAGCUACUACUCAGGAAAAGGACUAGGAACGGAUUAUGAUCAUGUCUGUAUUACUUCAGUGCAGGAUUUCAGAUACAUAAAUCAAAAUGCAGGUUUGUUACACUGAAUGUUUUGAAUGUUACAAACAUUUUAGCUCCAAUAUUGCCCUCAAUAUUAGAGUAGCCAUCAAAAAGUUUUUAGAUGACAGUUGCUAUAGAAGUGUUGUAGCAGGUGGUGUCUUGUAAUUCACUUCGAAUAACUGUGAAAACAGGUAUGGUAACAGUAUCGUAAAUAUUUCGUAAAACUCUUGGUAGCAAUCUGUAGAGUGCACCUUUUACGUAGAUUUUUCAGUUGAAAUAUUUUUUGUGAUUAAUUUCUUUCUUUUUUAUUUUUGUUUGCCCUAUAUUAUACAUGAUACUGCGGACAAGUAUGACUUCAGCAUUCCUGAUACACCCAAGACCUGAUUUUUAUUGGCUUGGACAGAUGUAAAUCUUUCAAAACAUGGAAUAUGGGGCAGGUACAUAUUUGCAUUGUGUAAUGCAUAAUAAUCACUGUCUGGCUUCAACAUUUUUUCUGUAGACAGAAUUUCACAGCACUUUUGAUCUGCAUUUGUGAUAAUUGACCUUUGACUUUGCACUGAUUUGAAUUGAUGAAUCAUAAGAGGCUGUUUGCUAUGCAAUUUUAAUUCAUUAUAUUUCAAUAUGGAGGAUCAUUGCCAUUAUAUAAGCAAUAAAGGUGCAUGUCUGUCAAGUGGUUCUUUUUUAAGGAAAAUUGUUUUAUUUUGAGUAUAUAAGCAAAAUUAUUGUAAUAUGCCAGAACGUCAAAUUAAAAUUAAUAGAUAUACUAAUGAUAAAACUUUUUUAAGAACCAAUGCUAAAUUACUGAGCAGUGCUUCUCUUCAUAAUUUUGUUGGAUAUUUCUGUUUUAUGAAUUAUUAAAAAGACAACCUUGUUCUUGUCUUUUUCAAACUGUAGGUAGAUUUUGGCUAGUGAGUUUUUUCUUAAAUUUGGAAGAGGUUGUGUUUGUUAUAAAGCACAUGAUAUAGUUUUUGUGUUGAUAAUAAGUAUCAA